UUUUGUGUCGUUGGAUUAUUACCACUGUGCUCUGCUAAAUUCUGCUCUCCUCACUGCAUCAGUCCUCUGCAGUCUCUCAGUGUUGCUGUUGUGCACCGUUACACCACUGCUACUUCCUCUGUGUCCGCUCUGAAUUGAUGCUGCUCUCUGAUCUGCAGCCCCCGAGGAGGAGUAUUGAUGUUUAAGUAAAGUGCACGUUUCUGUGUGUUUUCUAUUGCCUGAGCUCAUCGGUUGUCUCCUUUGUCUCCAGCUCCAAAUGAGUGUACCUACAGCAACGGCACAGAAAUCAGACGGCAACAACAGUGAAAUGCAAUCAGCUGCAGUGGCUCCCUCCUUCCUCCCCAGCCAGUCGGGGAAGAUACCGGGCAGGAAGAGAGGGAGACCCCCACUCCGCAAUGUCGCUAAGAUGGAUUUUCCCAACUGCUACCCAGAAUCGCUGCCUCCGCUCAAAGUGCCAAAGAAGAGGGGGAGAAAGCCGGGCUUCAAGCUCAAACCCAGGAUGGUGAUGACGCCAUUGGCUAUUUCUCCACCCAGCAGCACCCCAGAGCCAGAUAUGAGCUCCAUCCCUCAGGAUGCCGCCACCAUCCCUCACUCUGCCACGCCCCAGGUGCUCACAGUGUGUAUCUACAUCAACAAGCAGGCCAACACAGGCCCCAACCUGGACAGGAAGAAGAUCCAGCAGCUCCCCGAUCACUUUGGACCCGACCGGCCCUCGGUGGUGCUGCAGCAGGCCGUCCAGGGCUGCAUCGACAGCGCCUUCCAGCAGAAAACAGUGUUCACGCUCCUCACACAAGGCUACGGGGGAGAAAAAAUAUCAGGUGUUGUACAAAGACCCCCCUCAGCCACGUUUGACGGGAAGCAGCACCUCCUGAGCCUCCCCGUGGUGAACAGUAUUGACUAUGUGCUUCGCUUUCUGAAGAAACUCUGUCGCAGCUUGCACUGUGAGAACCUCUUCAGUGAUCAGCCCAUCACCCAGCACAGUGGCCGCUCCUACCAGUCAGAUGCUGAGACAUCCAUGGCCGACGACUACCACUUAGACCAGUCAGACGGCAAGCGCUACUCCAUGGACCCUGGGGAUUCUGCUUUCAGCUCCAUAAGCUCGUCCUACUCACCAAAGUCCUCCUACGGGUUCCGUUCAUCACAGCAGUUCUCCAACGGCUCAGCCUCCAUGAGCAUGUGCAGGCAGUCGUCAACCAGCCCGAGCACAUUCCCAGAGAGCAACAGGACAGGAGGAUAUAGUGCAUCUCCAGAGUCCCAGGAGUCCAAAGCUCCGCACAAUAAGGACCCAACCACCUGGUCUGUGGAAGAUGUCGUCUGGUUCAUCAGGGACGCAGACCCACAGGCUCUUGGGCCUCACUCGGACGUCUUUAGAAAACAUGAGAUUGAUGGAAACGCUUUGCUACUCCUGAAGAGUGACAUGAUCAUGAAGUACCUCGGACUGAAGCUUGGGCCGGCCUUGAAGCUUUGCUACCACAUCGACAAACUAAAGCAGACGAAGUUCUGAAAUCCUUCGACAAUAUAUCUCCUCCCCUCUUGAAUCCAAGUUGUUUGAGUUUGAGAAUAGGGUCACGUCUGGGGUCUCAUGUCCCCAGACGUAAAGGUACGUCACUUUCUUCCGGGUCCCCAGAAGUAGGUGUCACUUCCUUUUCUACCAAAAACAUAAGAAGAGUAAAUUGGCUUCUACUUUUUAUUGAUCUCCUUUUUCGUAAGGAAGAAACAGUACUUUCAUAGUUUAAUUGAUAGUGUGAUAGUGAAGAAAGCCACUCAAAGAAUUAGACGUCCAAAGGAAAAUAUAGGCUCCAACUUAAUGCUGAUAUAAAUGGUGAUAUUAUAGGGCUGAUGUAAAUCUUCUCCAACAUCACCUGCAGUUUAUGCGAUGACAACAAUGCUGUAUUUUUUAAUAUUCACGUUUUUCACAGCUAACACACUUUACGCACUUUAACUUUAACACUACUUAAAGCUGCAAUUACAGAUUUUUUGGCCACUUGAGGGCAGUGGUAACAGGGAGGACUUGUUAUCAAACAGUUAACGGCAGUUAUGGAAUUACAGUAUUCGUCUCAUUUGGUGCUUCUGAUCACCUGACGAAUGUAUGUUCUUUUUUCCUCAAGUUAAGCAUCGUGCUGUCACAUUUUUACAUGAUCUAUCUAAACCAUUUAAGAAUGUUGAGCAAACUCGUUGAAUGUUUAAAAAUCUGGUUAAAUAAAGCGAAAUGAAAAGGUGAAAGUGACGUCCUUUAGUUCUAGGGACCCUAAAGGAAGUGGGGACCCUACUCUGAGCUUAGGGCUGCAGUAAGACCCAUUUAGUACAGGUUUUGUUUUUAAGAUUCCCAUUUAAAAUUACUCACACUACCCUUGUCCCUGAUUUUGAAUUAAAACCUUCAGAUUAUGGAAAACAGCCACCAUAAACAUGUUAUGUAUAUUCCUUAUCUGACUAGAAAUGUAUAAGAGAAAACAUUUUUUACCUUAAGACGACUUUCCAUUGACAGAUCUCACCACAGGAUCUUGUUUACUUGUGUUUAUCAAGAUGAAAACAUAUCUAUGACUAUACUGAAAAUGGUGCAUUAACAUACUAUGUUGCUUUUUAAUUGAGAGAUUUAGAAAAUCAUUUUGAUACUAUUUUUUCACAUUUCUGUGUCAAAAACAAAAAUACUUUCCCUGUGGAUGGAUCCUUCUUCUAAUUAUGAUUUCAAGAUGUGAAAGACUGUAUAACCUAAGCAAAAUAUAGAAAGACAGUAGCUCUCUUGUUCGUAUACACAAAGUAAAACGAGAGCAUGUGAACGUGAUAUAUUUAUGUUUCAAUAUGCAAGAUUGUUACAUGCCAAUUAUCUCUCCUCAUGUAUACUCAUUAGGACAUUUUUUUUAAUUUCAUAUGUUUAUAAGUUUUUAUCAAGCAUCAGUGUUGAUACCGAGGUCGUCAAAACACGUAAAUGUGACACUAAGAAAACCUAAAUGGCGAUGUAAAUGGGUAUAUAAUAUAGUAUUGCUUUUGUAUACCACUUUUGGUGUACAGUAUGCAUCCUUUUUAAUCACAUAACCUUUGUAAGUGAAUGCUGCUGUAAAGAAAUUACAUGUAAGCCAUGCCUAGUGAGAACAUGCUGAGGUGUUUUAUUUUGAAAAUCACUACGAGUCAGAGUUUUAAAGAAUGCUGAGUGGAUCAGAACUCUACGCCGGUGCUAAAAGUUAUCUACGUAUUAAAGUGUUUGCUUUUGUGUCUGUGAGAUGUAAAUGAUAUCCUAUGUGUACACUGUUACUGUAUGUGAGUAUUAAAUUAAG